AUGAUUUCAUCUCCUGGCGCUCCAGAUGUUCUAACAUUGGCAACGUUUGCCUAUCAAAUUUUCGAUACAUAUCAAGGCGCUCCAAAACGGUUCAAAGGUCUUUGUGACGAUAUCAGUGGACUCGACUCGAAGGUCGCCACGCUGUCCGUCGAAUACGCCGACUUGGAAAAUCUGGUACAGCAGACGGGGAGGCUUUUAGAGCAACUGCAGAAAAGACAGGGCUCCGGCCUCACGCCCCGAGGCCUACACCGCUUCAAAUGUCCCGAUCAAGAGCGAGUUUUGGACAAACUUGACGAUAUCUUAAUCAGCAUUCAGGAAGGUCGUAGACCCAGCUCUCUCAUGUCGACUGUUGAUACAGUUAUGAUGACGCCGCCUUCAGACGAGGAUGACAUGUGGCAAGAGCUAGUGCGGGAGAUGCACACGUACGGCAUUUCUGAGGCAGAGGCGAAUGAAAAUCGGCCCAUGAUCCUCAAGUGGGCAGCAAAGGCAGCUGCGGCUGGGAUACUGGAGGAACAGCGGCCCAGCAAUCUUUCUCAUAUGGUUACCGGAUUGCAACGUCGGAGCGACGAUUUCGAGGUGCUUUCGGCUGUGUAUGGUCCAUUGAAUGUGGCAGAUACCGUGCGUCACAUCUUUCGCGCUCAUCUUAGAGUCAAGGUCCCAAAAAUCAGCUUUACCGCAACAAAUGAGACGUUCGGAGGUGAUCCGUGGCUCAAUAAUGUCAAGGCAUUUUCAAUGGUCUGGAGGAAGGCGAUAUACCUAGACUACGGCACUCUAUAUACGGCGCCGCAGAAGGUGAUUGCUGAGGAAGGCGAGACAAUUAUUAUUGACCUCAAUGCUCCUCUCCCGUACCACGAGUGCUUCGAUGACAACCCGGGCUCAGUCCACAUUCUCAUUGCAAGCUGGCACAAUCAGGAUGUUACAGAACAGGUUGCCAAGGUCGCGCGCACAUAUCGAAAACCCAGUAUUAUGGCUUCAGUCCAUGAAUUUGGUUGUGACCCGUGUUUCGGUCAUGUGAAGAAUCUGUCAGUCACUUGGGCAUACUCGGAUACACCUGCAGCUUUAUCCUACUGUGACGUGAAGACGGUACACGAAAAUGAAAAUUUGGAUAUACCUCCUUUUCUGGACAUCAUAUGUGCAAACUGGGGUGGUCUAGACAUCACCAGCGUGCUUCAAGCUCAGAUCGGACCGCACCAAACUCUUCAAUUGGAUACCAAUGGCGUCCGGCAUAUCGCAUCACCAGAUCCCUGGCCAGAUAAUCACCAUAAGACUAUCUCCGUACUCUAUCAGAUCGGGGAUGGUUACCGUCGAUCCACAAAGUCCAUUCCGCCGAAACCACUUUUUUCCUCCAAGAACGGGCCCUCCGCAAAGAUUGAAGUGUUAGCCGUAGUCUGGGGCCUCCACCCCGUGUCCGAAGUGUCAUUUAUCCAGGUGACAUUGCAGAACAAACAAAUUCCCUGCAAUAAUACUUUCUUUGCGAGGGACGGAUGGGUCGGAAUGAAGAAGACAUGCCAAGUCUUCCUGCAAAACAACCUCACGGGUGACAUAACCUGCAUAGUUGGACGAGAGGGUACUACGCUUACCCUUCCCACUGUGUGGCCAGGCGAAGAUGGAGCGGAAGAUGAAGAAGGGACCUGUUUCUGA